AUGUCUCGUGACUCCAACGAUGAUGCUGGUCGUAAGAAACAAUUGAAAUUGAUCUCUGUAUCAUUUAAAGAAGCAUCAUUAGAUUCACCAUCAUUUCGUGCAUCUGUUAAUUUUUUUCAAACAAGAAUUGAAAUAUUUGAAGAUAGAUUACAAAAGACAAUUGAUUUCUUUGAUCAUAAAUAUAAGUCAUCUUUUGAAGAUUUUCAAAGAACGAAAGAAAUUAUGAUGUCUCAAUUAUUUCCUUCUCCAGUUAUGUUGAGUAAUGGUAUGGUGGCUAAUCAAUCAGUUACCCCUGCUUUGAUAGCAGAGUUUAACAAAGAUUAUAAAUCAUUUUCUGAUAAAUUAUUAAAAGUUAUGAUUAGUGAAGGUAAUUCACAUUCAGUAGCAUUGUUGGAUUUUAUGACUGAUGCAAUGGAACCUUAUAAAAAUUGUAGAAAGUCUUUUGAAUAUUACCAAAAUAAAUACGAUGAAAUGACCGAGAAUUAUUUAGCUAUUAAAGUCUCGAAUACAAAUUUAGAACCGAGUGUAAUUAAACGUGAUGCAAUGCAAUUGUUUGAAGUAAGAAAAAGUUAUUUAAUUGCCUCGUUAGAUCUUAUUGAAGCAAUGUCCUAUUUGAAAUUAAGUUUUGAUAAAUAUUUGGCUGAUUCAAUGGCUAUUCUAAGGACAAAUAAUAUGUUUCAAUUUAAGGAAUCUGGUAGAUCUAUAGAUUUAUGCCCACAAGUUGAUAAUUAUUUUGAAGAUUAUUUAAGUUGGGUAGAAAACGCUUUAGCUGCUGCGAAGACUUUAGAACCAGAUAUUCAUAAUGCUAAAAAAUUGAUUUAUGAAUAUGCCCUUCAUCAAAUACAACCUUCUCAAAAUUUAGAUGAUUAUAAUGUGAAAAGUAUUAACACUAUGACUUUAACUCCCAAACUACCCACAACACCAUUAAAAUCACAAGAGAAAAAUGGAUGGCUGUUUAUGAAGACUACAGUUGGGAAACCUCCUAGAACGAUAUGGGUGCGAAGAUGGUGUUUUUUACAGAAUGGUGUGUUUGGGAUGUUUUUAUUGGCUCCAUCAAAGAUAUAUGUUGAAGAAACAGAUAAAUUUGGUAUAUGUUUAACUGGAACAAGAUAUGAUAUGGAUGAAGAUAGAAAAUUUUGCUUUGAAUUGAAAGUCUUUAAUGGAAAUGUAACAAAAUCUAAUUCUAAUACCUCAUAUAAGACAUUAUCAGUUGUUCUUCAGGCUGAUAGUUUGAAAGAAUUGAAAUCAUGGUUAAAUGCUUUUACUUUAGGAAGAAAAUAUAUUGAUACCUUGGAAAAAGGAAGUAAUGAACAUGAAUUAGCAUUUAAAAGAUUUUCACCAAGAUUUUUUGAGUUUGCCUCUAGUACAACAACUUCUGUAGACCAAUUGAUUACUACGUUUGAUAAUACAACUAAAUCAUUACUUGCAGAUCUCAAUGGUGCUUUCUCGGAAUAUGAAAAUUUAACAUUAGGUGAGGAUAAACCUUAUGAAUUCCAUAUGGAUAUCACUCCAAUCGCCACAAAGAUGUCUCAAUUGGCCAUUUUAUCCAAUUAUUGUUCUAAUGGUAGUUGGUUCCCUAACGCAAUCUUAGCCAAUAUUUGGGGUUCAACAAAUUGGACUGAAUAUGCUUUGUUCAAUGAUAUGAACCAAGAUUCAGUCAAUGAUAAUGGUAUACCAAAAUCUCUGACUAUGGGUUCACCUGUGAAGUAUCCACAUUAUUUUACUAAAGAAAUGAGGGUUACAGAUCUACAAUUUAAGAGUGUCUUUUUCGCUGUUAAUAGUCAAUCCGUUUUGAGAAAUGAACAAUAUGCCUUAUUUAAGUUUAAUUCAUUUUGGUACCCAAAUUCUAAACAAAGAUUUUCCUCAAUUUGUUAUGUGACUGUGGACUAUGUGUUUGCAUAUAUGAAUACUAUGGGCUUCAUUUGCUUAGUAAGAUUAGAUUUUGAAAAUAUUGUAUCCAUUGAAAUCGAUAAGAGUACUCCUAACAGGUUAAUUGUUUACAAUGCUAAUGGUUUGCAGUAUAAGAUACAUGUUGUCUUUGAUGAUUGUAGAGCAGUUGCAGCUAAGUUACAAAUGCUGGUUGUUAAUAAUGCAGAAAAAUCUAUUAAGACACAAGAAGCUCUGUUAACUAAAUUCAAACACAUUGAUGCUGAAUAUCAAGAAAAACGUUCUGUUGAUAAUGUUAUUAAAGAACAGAAGAGAAUUGAUGAUAUAUUAAAUGCAGAUUUAUCACAAGCGAUUAAUAAAGAAAAGCAACAACAAUUACAGAAGCAAACAGAACAUGGUGAGUCUGUAUUGACUAGCCGUUUGGUUAAUAAUUCAUCCUUUUGGAGUAUGGGUGAAUCUGCUGAAAAGAUCUUGGAACGUAGAAAAGCGAUUCAAAGAUCAUACAGUGUGAUGUAUAGACACGAUUAUGAUAUCCCAAGUAAAGGUUUGAUGCAUAUUUUGUUUGGUGAUCAAUCCAAUGCCUUUCCUAGAUGUCUUUUCCUUGCAUAUAACAAUUCGAAAACAGAAAGUAAUACCUAUUGGAAUAAAGAAACGGGUCCUGAUGGAACUAUAUCGUUAGUUCGUAAGAUUAGUUUCCAACUAAACACUACACAUAAUAUAUUUAAUGGGAAAAUGGGUCUUAAAGAAAGUAAUUCAGACCAUGUGGUAUCUUUAAGACAAAGAAUAGUUAAGAUGGUAGAAAAUAAAUAUUAUGAAGUAGAUCAAGAACCCAUAUUUAUUCAAUUACCAUUCUGUCAUCCUUUAAGAAUCAAGAUGAAGAUAAUAAUUUUAGAACAAUAUGAUCCUGAGAAUCAUGUAGCAAGUAAAUUACAAAUGCCAACUGCUGGUUCAAUGUUAAAUCUAUUUUAUAAAAUUGAUUAUGUUGAUCCAAAGACAGAAAAUAUAGUCACUAAGAUGAAUCCAUUAGAGAGAUUAUUGAGACAUUGGACUUUAACUUUUACUGGUACUGAAUUUAUGUUAUUUAGAAAAAUCAUCAGAUAUUAUUUGGAAAGAGUAGGUAAACAUGGUAAGAUUAUAAAGACAAUAAAAUUAUGUGGGUUAUUAGGUAUUACAAAGGAUUCGAUCAUGGAAGAAAAAGAAUCGUCUAAUGAUGGACUUAACAUCGAUGGAGGGAAAACUACCAAUGAUAAUAUAACUAGCAAAUUUAAUGCCGAAAAUGAAAAAGAAAUUGAAAAUCACAAUAUGGUAAAUUACUCAUUAUUUAUAUUGAUUCGAGUCUUUAUUAAGAUUAUAUUUUACCGUUGUGCCAAUAUUUUAUUAUUAUUGAUAAGAUUUGUAUUUUGGAUACUUAUUGUCACGUGUAGAGCUUUCUCUAAUAUUAAUAGGUUGUUGCUAGGUAUAUUAGUAUUAUCUUUUUUCAUUAACCUUUUCUUAAGUGGUAGAUCAACUGUCUCAUAUUGGACAGUUAAAAGAGCAGAGAGGACAUUUCAAAAUUUUGCAGAACAAAACAAUAAUAAAGAAAUUGCCAAGCCAACAAGUAAAUCUAUUUUUAUCAAUGAUUUAGAUAUUCUAACACGAAACUUAGCCACUGAACUUGAUAAUCCUGUCUAUAUGAAAUUUAAUGAGGAUAUUUCUUCGAAGGAUAGUAGUUUCCAAGAGACAAGAACAGAUCUGGCAGUUAGAAGAAAUCAACUACUUGUAGAAUUGAAAAUAUUACAAAGCAUGGAAAGAGAAGUCGUACAAGGUAAUUAUAGAGAGUUUUUACUAAAAGAAUUGGACAGUUGUAAUACAGCUAAAAAUGACCUACCUGGUGUCUAUGAGAACGACACAAACUUACAAGAAUACUGUUUAUCAUGUUCUUCUGAGUUGGAAAGAUUAACCAAGUUACUUCUGUAA